AUGUCACUGGAGGCCAUCAAGUUUGACGAGAAGCGCGCAACGCUGCGCAUAUUGAACCAGCUGCUGGUUCCGUACGAGACGCAGUACCUGGCGGUGGAUGCCAUUGCGCCGGUGGAGGGAAUCGACCUGUUUUCCGGCUACACUGCCAUCAAGGGCAUGUACACGAGAGGAGCACCAGCGAUCAUGUUGGUGGGGUGUUUUUCGGUAGUUGUGGAGCUGAACCGGGUUUUGAACGAGAACGAGACGCGGUUCGGUUACGACGUGGCCGACUUGGCCCGGUUCAAGAGCCGGCUGCUCGACAGAAUCAGCGUCCUGAUCCAGUCCAGACCAACAGCCGUGAACCUGCUGAACGGGUGCAACGAGAUGCGACAGAUCAUCGACGCCAGCACGUCAACAACGUCGCUGUACACGGAUCUGCUCCAGUUCGCCGUCAAAUUGUACAAGGACGACCUGAAGUCGAACCAUGCCAUAGGAGCCAACGGAGUCGAGUAUAUCUACUCGGAGCUGGAGAAGGAAGGCUUCACGGGCGAGUUUUCCGUGAUGACCAUCUGCAACACCGGGUCGCUGGCCACGUCUGGCUACGGAACAGCCCUGGGGAUCAUCAGAGCGUUGCACCAGGAGGCCCAGCACAGGGCCACGAAGAUGGCCCAUGUGUACGCGUGCGAGACACGGCCGUACAACCAGGGCUCGCGGCUGACGGCGUACGAGCUGCAGUACGAGAAGAUCCCAUUCAGUCUCAUCACAGACAACAUGGUGUCGUUUUUGGUGGACUCUCUGGCCAAAAACAAGGCCAACCGGUCGUUGCCAAGCGCGGCACCAAUCAAGUUCAUCAUCGUGGGAGCAGACCGCAUCGUCAAGAACGGCGACCUGGCCAACAAGAUCGGCACGUUCCAGCUGUCGCUGAUUGCGUCGCUGUAUCCGUCGAUCAAAUUUAUCGGCGCGGCCCCAACCACGACGAUCGACUUCACCCGAUCCACAGGCGACGAGAUCGUGAUCGAACAGCGGCCAAAGAAAGAGCUCACGCAGAUCAUGGGCGGCGUGGUGGGCCCGGACGGGGCGUUCGUCCACGGCAACAACGGCGUCCAGAUGCAAAAGAUCAGUAUGGCCCCCGUUGGAAUCGACGUCUGGAACCCGUCGUUCGACGUCACGCCGCACGACAAAAUCGACGCCAUCGUCACAGAGAAGAAGUUCUUCACAAAGACAAACGGCAGCUACACUUUCGAAUAA